UACGACCUUGUUUUUGUUGAUGUUUAAUUUGAAUGCGGCUGCGCGCUGCUCAAUGUUUUCACCGCUGCUGACGCGACUCUUAGAAAAAAAAGAAGAGAGAGAUAGGUCGGGGAAAGAGCCUCUCGUUUACCUCCUUUGUCGAAACGGAAUCCAUUAUAAGGCCCGUGUGUAGUUUCACUUGAGAGCCCCGGGAGGCGAGCUAACGUUGGCUGUUUAGCGUUAACCUUAGCUAACGACUAGUCAACCUCUCCCUUUAUGUGAUCGCCCUUCCUCGUCGCCGGACGCCGCCAGCGAGGGCCAAGGAACAAAAUAGCUAAUCGCCAUUAUAUGAUCCAGUGUCCAGCGUCACUAUUACCCUCCAUGUGGGUGAGGGAAUUGUGUGUGUCGGAUUAUGGCGAGAAAAACAGUUAGCAGGAAAAGGAAGGCAGGAGAGCCCAAGGACCAACAACAGCUGGGCUGGUGUCAGACGGCACCCAAGCGGAGCCGAGUUUCUUCGUCAUCGCGUCACGCCCAGCAGUGGUGGCGCAGUCGGCGCUCGGUGGUAUGUGCCCUCAGGGGCCGGGAGUUCAGACCUCAACAGCAGCAUGAGCUGCGGCUGCAGCGGAGCCUGCGAGGCUUUGCGGCAGGCAGGCUUCCUGGCAUCCUCAAGGAGAGGGAGUUCUCUUUGGGGCGACUCAACAAAGUGUUUGCCUCGCAGUGGCUCAACCACCGGCAGGUGGUGUGUGGGACCAAGUGCAACACGCUUUUUGUAGCCGAUGUCCUGACGGGACAGAUAACACGCAUUCCCAUGCUGAAGGACAGGGAGUGUCGCGGUGGAGGCUCUGGGGUGGUAGGGGGGCAUUUCCCCCCCACAGGGAGUUCUCGCUCCAGGCUGGACCAGCAGGGCUGUGGGAUCCAUGCCAUCGAGCUCAAUCCCUCCAGAACACUACUGGCUACUGGAGGGGACAACCCCAACAGUUUGGCUGUCUACCGGCUGCCCACUCUGGACCCUGUCUGUGUUGGAGAUGAUGGUCACAAUGACUGGAUCUUCUCCAUAGCGUGGAUUAGUGACAGCAUGGCUGUAUCUGGGUCGCGGGAUGGCUCCAUGGGCCUGUGGGAGGUAACCGAGGAGGUGCUUAGCCAAGCUGAACGGAGUCAGAACGAGGAGGCAGUACCUUGCUACUCCCACAUCUCCCACCGUGCCCUCAAGGACAUCCCCAAGGAGUACACCAACCCUUACAACUGUAAAGUUCGUGCUCUGGCCUUCAACAACAACCACAAGGAGCUGGGUGCUGUCUCCUUGGAUGGCUAUUUCCACCUCUGGAAGGCUGAACACAACUUGUGCAAGCUACUGUCCACCAAGCUGCCUCACUGCAAAGAGAAUGUGUGUCUGGCGUAUGGACAGGACUGGUCUGUGUAUGCUGUGGGCUCCCAGGCCCACGUCUCCUUUCUGGAUCCACGGCAGCCCACACACAGCAUCAAGUCAGUCAACUCCAGAGAGAGAGGUAGCGGGAUCCGCUCUGUGAGUUUCUAUGAACACAUCGUGACAGUUGGAACAGGCCAAGGGUCCCUCCUCUUCUAUGACAUCCGGGCCCAGAGAUUCCUGGAGAACCCCUUGAAUCCAGCCGGCGGGUACCGGCAGCGCCCAGGAGAGGGCAUCCUCAAGCUCACUACAGGGAAGGGCUGGCUGAAUCACGACGAGACGUGGAGGAGUUACUUCUCAGACAUCCACUCCUUCCCUAACGCUGUGUACACCCACUGCUAUGACGACUCUGGCACCAAGCUGUUUGUAGCCGGCGGACCACUCUGUUCUGGCCUGCAUGGCAAUUACGCAGGACUUUGGAGCUAGCCUCUUCCCUCUCCUCUGCAUCACUACAUCAUCCACCUCCUGCUCUUUAACUUAUCCGGUCCCUCCAUACUUCCUUAUCUUCAGGUCGUUUGACAUCACCUUUUUUUGGUAUCUCUCUUGCUUAUUGAUUUGUCUCUCUGGUCGCCUUUUGCUCACUCUUGGACUCAGGAGCAUGAUCUUGCCCUCAGUGUGUCACGGCUUUGAAUAUCAGUGUUGUGUAUCUUGUUCUUUGUAUCCACUGUUACACUACCCCUUUCCUCCAGUUAGUCCUUUGUUUCCCCCCACCUCAGCUGUUCAGUUUUUUGUAUAGAUGUAUAAAGAAUUAACCAGUGAAUUUUAAAGAAAUGCGAAGUCUGCCACUGAGGAACUAAGAAGAGAGUUGCUAAAAAAUGAAGAAUGACAUUAAUAAUUUUUCAUUUAAAACAUUUACAAACAGCGCGCAGAGAUUGGACUAUGCUCUUGUUUUUGUCGGCUUGCUGUUGUAUGUAAGGAAAGUGUUGGCGCUGGUUUCAUCUGUGAUAUGACACUGUCUUUGUGUAAAUGUUGGAAUUCUCUCCCAACAGCUCCUCUUCAUUCUCUCACUGAAAUGGACGGCAAUAAAGAGGGAGAGAGAAAGGAGGAUUGAAGAGACGAUUAAUUUUGAAGGACUGAACAGGGGUGCAAUUUGAUUCCUGCAAAGAAAUUUGAAAUAGAAUGUCCACUGAUUGGGACUGGCCGUCCUGUGCCAUGAUGAUCACAAAGAACAAUUAAGAACUUCUGUUUUCUUCAAUCAGAAGUAAAGUAAAGGGGAUAGCCUACCUAAUCAAAAGGCGACAGUGUGUUCAUAUUUUUCUCUCUGAGAUGAUGUAAAGGAGUAACAGUUUAAGAUUGCUAAAAGCAAUGUAGUUAUUCUGCUACGAAUAAUCCCAACACACUUAUUUUAUUUUUUAUUAUUAUUAUUGUUAUUAUUAUUUUUGAUUCUGUGUGAUUUGAUGAACUUACCCUGCUGAUAUUAUUCCUACAAGCUUUAUUCUUAUUUAUUAUUCCCCUCUCUGUCACCCUAAUUCAAUAGUUCAGGGGUGUUUAACUCCACUUGCUGAAGGAUGUAUAGCCUCUUUGCCCUUUAUUUUCUUGUUUUCUUUGAUGAGACCGCUUUCAGCAGAUUUGUCCAUUGGCAGUGGUUUCUUGGCUCAGGCAGAGACUCAUUUCAAAUCCUGACAGACUAUCUGUAAAUUUAGGCUUUACCACAGAAUUCCUCUAAGAUUUUUAAGUUUGGUAGUGUCAUCAAAGAUGAGAAGUGACAGACAUCGGGGCCUUUGAGUACUGGGUUGAAUCCCCAAAGUCUUUGUAAUUCUCUGAGUCCUACAGGAAUUCGGAGAGAAGAUCUGAGGUACUUCUAACUUGGGUCUUCUGCCAAUUUAAGAAAGAUGCAAGGAGAACUAACAAGACUUUUUGGACUCCACCCUGGAGUUGGAUGCUGCUGCAGUUACAGACAUUUGUUAUCACUGCUGUUGAAAAAGUUUUCUUUUUUUUCUUUAGUUUUUUUUGUAUCAAGGAUUGAGUGUUUCUGCUCUUCUCCUUGUUUGGCAGAGGCAGGGUAGACUUGAGUUACGUUUUGCCUUCCUCAGGUCUUUCUGUGAAAGACUGCUGCAGGCGAUCAUAGUUUUGCUUUUCUACAUGGAACUUUUCUCCACAAUUUUCAUGAUAACUCUAGAUUGAAAAGAGAAACCCCAGUAACGACCACAAGUUGAACAAAUAACCAACACUUUUAAAGUGUAUUUUAUAUAUAAAUGUGUAUGUAUAUGUAUGUGUAAAAUGCAUAGGGACAAAUGCAUACAUUUUUAUGUAUAUGAGGAAGUGUGUGGACUGACCUGUCUUUACUUGGUGAUGCCCUCUUUUUUUAUACACACCUCAUGAAUGUUUUUACAAAUGACUGAAUCUGAGGAUAUUGUAUAAUAUCAGCAUCUGAAAAAAACAACCUAUUAAAUCUUUAAAAAGAAAGUGAAUAAUAAAAAUAAAACGUAUAUUGA